AUGAGCAUCGUCUUACUUGUUGCCCAGUUCUUGUUCAACUCAGAUCGCAUUCAGAAAGCCAUUGAGAUAUGCAGCGAAUGUCUCCAAAAAACGCUUGUCAUCGCAACUGAAAUUGGCGACAGAGAAGGGGAAGCAUCGUGUUAUAGAAACCUAGGUACUGUGUUUCAGUGGCUUGGCAAAUACGACAAGGCUGAGGAGUAUCUCCAAAAAGCGCUUGUGAUCACAACUGAAAUUGGCGACAAAGAAGGGGAAGCAUCAUGUUAUGAAAACCUAGGUGCUGUGUUUAAGUCGCUUGGCCAAUACGACAAGGCUGAAGAGUAUCUCCAAAAAGCGCUUGUCAUCAGAACUGAAAUUGGCGACAGAGGAGGGGAGGCAACUAACUAUGGAAACCUAGGUAGUAUGUUUCUGUCCGUUGGCCAAUACGACAAGGCUGAAGAGUAUCUCCAAAAAGCGCUUGUCAUCCAAACUGAAAUUGGCGACAGAGAAGGGGAGGCAACAAGCUAUGGAAACCUAGGUAGUGUGUUUCUGUCCGUUGGCCAAUACGACAAGGCUGAAGAGUAUCUCCAAAAAGCGCUUGUCAUCCAAACUGAAAUUGGCGACAGAGAAGGGAAAGCAUCAUGUUAUGGAAACCUAGGUAUUGUGUUUAGGUCGCUUGGCCAAUACGACAAGGCUGAAGAGUACCUCCAAAAAGCGCUUGUGAUCACAACUGAAAUUGGCGACAGAGAAGGGGAAGCAUUAUGUUAUGAAAACCUAGGUACUGCGUUUAAGUCGCUUGGCCAAUACGACAAGGCUGAAGAGUAUCUCCAAAAAGCGCUUGUCAUCAAAACUGAAAUUGGUGACAGAGAAGGGGAGGCAGCUAACUAUGGAAACCUAGGUAGUGUGUUUCUGUCCGUUGGCCAAUACGACAAGGCUGAAGAGUAUCUCCAAAACGCGCUUGUCAUCAAAACGGAAAUUGGCGACAGAGGAGGGGAGGCAGCUAACUAUGGAAACCUAGGUCGUGUGUUUCUGUCCGUUGGCCAAUACGACAAGGCUGAAGAGUAUCUCCAAAAAGCGCUUGUCAUCACAACUGAAAUUGGCGACAGAGAAGGGGAAGCAUCAUGUUAUGGAAACCUAGGUAUGGUGUUUAGGUCGCUUGGCCAAUACGACAAGGCUGAAGAGUAUCUCCAAAAAGCGCUUGUCAUCCAAACUGAAAUUGGCGACAGAGGAGGGGAGGCAGCUAACUAUGGAAACCUAGGUAGUGUGUUUCUGUCCGUUGGCCAAUACGACAAGGCUGAAGAGUAUCUCCAAAAAGCGCUUGUCAUCCAAACUGAAAUUGGCGACAGAGAAGGGGAAGCAUCAAGUUAUGGAAACCUAGGUAUUGUGUUUAAGUCGCUUGGCCAAUACGACAAGGCUGAAGAGUAUCUCCAAAAAGCGCUUGUCAUCCAAACUGAAAUUGGCGACAGAAAAGGGGAGGCAACUAGCUAUGGAAACCUAGGUAGUGUGUUUCUGUCCGUUGGCCAAUACGACAAGGCUGAAGAGUAUCUCCAAAAAGCGCUUGUCAUCACAACUGAAAUUGGCGACAGAGGAGGGGAGGCAGCUAACUAUGGAAACCUAGGUAGUGUGUUUCUGUCCGUUGGCCAAUACGACAAGGCUGAAGAGUAUCUCCAAAAAGCACUUGUCAUCACAACUGAAAUUGGAGACAGACAAAAGGAAGCAUCAUGUUAUGGAAGCCUAGGUAGUGUGCUUCUGUCCGUUGGCCAAUACGACAAGGCUGAAGAGUAUUUCCAAAAAGCGCUUGUCAUCACAACUGAAAUUGGCGACAGACAAAAGGAAGCAUCAUGUUAUGGAAACCUAGGUACUUUGUUUAAGUCGCUUGACCAAUACGACAAGGCUGAAGAGUAUCUCCAAAAAGCGCUUGUCAUCCAAACUGAAAUUGGCGACAGAGAAGGGGAAGCAUCAUGUUAUGAAAACCUAGGUAAUGUGUUUAGGUCGCUUGGCCAAUAUGACAAGGCUGAAGAGUAUCUCCAAAAAGCGCUUGUCAUCAGAACUGAAAUUGGCGACAGAGAAGGGGAGGCAACUAGCUAUGGAAACCUAGGUAUUGUGUUUAGUUCGCUUGGCCAAUACGACAAGGCUGAAGAGUAUCUCCAAAAAGCGCUUGUCAUCAGAACUGAAAUUGGCGACAGAGAAGGGGAGGCAACUAGCUAUGGAAACCUAGGUAUUGUGUUUAGUUCGCUUGGCCAAUACGACAAGGCUGAAGAGUAUCUCCAAAAAGCGCUUGUCAUCAAAACUGAAAUUGGCGGCAGAGGAGGGGAGGCAGCUAACUAUGGAAACCUAGGUAGUGUGUUUCUGUCCGUUGGCCAAUACGACAAGGCUGAAGAGUAUAUCCAAAAAGCGCUUGUCAUCACAACUGAAAUUGGCGACAGAGGAGGGGAGGCAGCUAACUAUGGAAACCUAGGUACUGUGUUUCUGUCCGUUGGCCAAUACGACAAGGCUGAAGAGUAUCUCCAAAAAGCGCUUGUCGUCCAAACUGAAAUUGGCGACAGAAGAGGGGAGGCAGCUAACUAUGGAAACCUAGGUAGUGUGUUUAAGUUGCUUGGCCAAUACGACAAGGCUGAAGAGUAUUUCCAAAAAGCGCUUGUCAUCCAAACUGAAAUUGGCGACAGAGAAGGGGAGGCAGCUAACUAUGGAAACCUAGGUACUGUGUUUCUGUCCGUUGGCCAAUACGACAAGGCUGAAGAGUAUCUCCAAAAGGCGCUUGUCAUCACAACUAAAAUUGGAGACAGACAAAAGGAAGCAUCAUGUUAUGGAAGCCUAGGUACUGUGUUUAAGUCGCUUGGCCAAUACGACAAGGCUGAAGAGUAUCUCCAAAAAGCGCUUGUCAUCAGAACUGAAAUUGGCGACAGAGGAGGGGAAGCAUCAUGUUAUGGAAGCCUAGGUACUGUGUUUCUGUCCGUUGGCCAAUACGACAAGGCUGAAGAUUAUCUCCAAAAAGCGCUUGUCAUCCAAACUGAAAUUGGCGACAGAGAAGGGGAAGCAUCAUGUUAUGGAAACCUAGGUACUGUGUUUAGAACUAUUGGUGAUUUUGAAGCUUCGGAAGUAUGCUUGGAGAAAGCCUUAUUAAUAUCCAGAGAUAUUGGAGAUGGAAGAAAAGAGUUCGAAAUCCUCGGAAGUUACGCCGUUUUGUAUUUGUACCAAUAUAAAAUCAAAGAUUCCCUGUCGUGUCUUCAUCUGUGCAUUGAAAAGUAUGAGGAGCUGAGAUAUUUCUUGGGCGCCAAUGAUCAGUUCAAAACAUCAUUACUGGAGGACACAGGAAUAUUUCCUUACAAACUGCUUUGUACUUUGCUUUGUGCCACCGGAAAUGCUCGGGAUGCUAUUUAUGCUGAGGAGUUGGGUCGAGCUAGAGGCCUAUCAGACUUAAUGGCAGAGAAGUACUCGGUUGAAACGCACAUCUCUGCUAAUCCACAAUCUUGGUUUGGCAUUGAGAACAUUUUAAGAAAGCAAAAAAACUGUACUUGUCUGUACAUUUCUUAUUUUCAGAAUAGUCUGCAUUUGUGGAUCUUGAAAACAAGUGGAAUCCUUCACUAUAGAAGAGUAUUUCCAGAAGAGAAUCUAGUUCAGGCUGGGUUACCCAAAGAUUUGCCUUUGAGUCAAUUUUUGGAUGAAAAUUUCCGGAGUCUUGGUACUUUGCCCCCUAAAGAUUGUGAAGAUCGGUCUUUAAAUACGAUUAAACCUCUCUCCCCCGCGCAAAAGAGCUCAGCAAGAUUACGACUCGUGGAGGAGGACGAGGACGAGGACGAGGACGAGAAAGUGAUUUUAAGUCUACAUUUAUGUUACAAAAUUUUCAUUGCCCCCGUUUAUGAUUUGCUUGAUGAGCCUGAAGUCAUUAUUGUUCCUGACCGCAGGUUGUACAAAGUUCCCUUUGCUGCCCUGAGUGAAAAGGAAGGAGCCGAAUAUUUGUCAGAGACUCAUAAGAUCCGUAUCAUUCCUUCGUUGACAACACUCAAGAACAUUCAAGAUAGUCCAGAGGACUAUCACAGCAACACUGGUGCCUUGGUAAUAGGCAAUCCCAAGGUUAAUUGGCUGCAACCAUUGCCAGCUGCAAGAAAGGAAGCGGAGAUGGUCGGACGACUGGUGGGUGUUCCGCCUCUAGUUGAAGAGAAAGCAACGAAGCAGGCGGUACUUGAGCGGAUAAGUUCAGUGAGCUUGAUACAUUUUGCUGCCCAUGGUAACGCGGAAAGAGGAGAAAUUGCACUCUCCCCCAUUCCUACUCCCAACAGUCAAAACGCUAUCCCGAAGGAAGCUUACAUGUUGACGAUGGCUGAUGUCUCACGAGUGAAAGUCAGAGCUAAACUGGUGGUACUUAGCUGCUGUCAUAGUGGAAGUGGAGAGAUAAGAGCCGAGGGAGUUAUAGGAAUUGCCCGUGCGUUCUUAGGAUCCGGUGCUCGCUCGGUGUUGGUUGCGCUGUGGGCCAUUCCAGACUCUGCAACAGAGAAACUGAUGAGUCGGUUUUACGAACACCUUGUUGAAGGAGAAAGUGCCAGUGAGUCUCUUCACCAGGCUAUGAAGUGGAUGAGAAAAAAUGGUUUUACCCAAGUGUCUCAAUGGGCUUCAUUCACGCUGAUUGGAGAUGACGUGAGAUUAGAGUUUGACGCGCCAGGUGAG